AUGUCUCCAGAUGACAAAGCGGUGAGUGCAGCUCUUCCAUUGGAGCAACAACAACAGCGGCAACGUCAGGGUCACGCUCUCCCUGACUCCGGCUGCCCCAUAGUGUAUAGACCCAGUGAGGUUGAUGGUAUGCCGAUCGAUUCACAGCAACAGCAACAGCUGGGAUUGCAGGACUGCUUUCACGGUAAAGACGGGCGCGUGACUCCAUGUCGCCGCCCGGAAAUUGUGGACCGCAUGCAUCUACUGUUCUUCCUGUUGUCUGUGCCUGUGGUGUUAACCAUUGUUGGGCUCUUCAUUGUCUUGUACAUUCGUGCCGACGUUGGGGCGUACAAAGCAUUAUGUUGGAUUAGCGGUGUGGCGUCCUUCGCCGCGUUGGGUAUGACAGGUUUAUUGGUGCUGUGUCACCUGACGGCCUACACCUGUCCCUCACAGCAGAGGCUGAUCUGCCGCAUCAUUCUCCUUGUUCCGGUCUACGCGAUGGACUCCCUCAUCGCACUCCUGAUCUAUCGCGCUGCCACUAUUGUGGCGCUCAUCCGAGACACGUAUGAGGCGUACGUCAUCUACCAGUUCUACUUCCUGUUGAUGGAGUACUUGGAAGGUGAGGAGCGUGUGCUGUACCUGUGGAGCCAAUACGGCACUGGGGAUGGCUACAUUGAGCUGGAAGAUGAUGAUAACGAGGGCGAGAGCAAGGGAGUCCUUCGCUCCAGUGCAGCUGAGACGAGGGCAAGGCGUACAGAGUGCACACGCAAUAAGCGAGAAGGAGAAGUAGGUCAGCAAAAACCUCAGGUGAAUGAGAUGAACACGAGUGGUGGAUCUCGUACGGGUGUAGCUGUUGCAGAACCGACAAGAGAAAAAACACCAGAAACCAAUAAGAGUCCCCGUGCAACAAAGGAAUUGGAGUUGCCUCUCUUGUCGUCAAGGCAGCAGAGCGAAACAGGUAUGAUGCCUACGCGCUUUAUGCCUCAUGUGUUCCCUAUGAACUAUUUCCUCGCGCCCAUCCCGCUGAAUGCGGGUACGCUCUUCCUGUGGAAGCUCUUUCUGACACAGUACAUGAUUGUGAACCCGCUGUUGACCCUCGUGACGGUGCCGCUGUACUUCAACGGCUACUACCACGACGGUUUCUUCUAUGUGAAGGACUUCUACCCGUAUUUUGCACUGGUACGCACAAUCAGCGUCACGUUUGCGCUCACGGCGCUGGUGUACUUUUACUUCGCCACCAAGGCGUACAUGCAGGUGUACUCACCGACGGUGAAGUUCCUAGCGAUCAAGGCCGUUGUGUUCCUCACCUUCUGGCAGGGCGUGCUGCUCUCCGUUUUGGUCUUCUAUAAUGUGAUACCUGACACGCACCUCUUCUCCGCGAAGGAGUUCGCGGCGGCGCUGCAGAACAUCCUCAUCUGUCUCGAGAUGUACGUUGUGUCGAUUGCGCACCGAUGGGUCUUCAACGACGACAUUUAUCUGCGCUCGAGCAACGGGCAGAGGCUGCGGCUGCAUAUAUGGGCGAUUCGCCACGUGCUCUCCAUCAGUGACGUCAUUGACGAGGCGGGGAGUGUCGUGCGCAUGGCGCCACGGACCGCGGAGCGCAUGAUUCGUCAGCGACUCGCACACUGGCGGCGCCGCACUCCGCUGGGAAGUCGGGUGUGCGGUGAGCGUGCAGGAAAUGUGGAGCAGACACGUGAGGAGAGAGCAGCGUCAUCUGUAGACCGUCCUUGA